GCCCGUGCGCGCGACAACGGCCUGGCGCUGACGCCGCCGAUGGGCUGGCUCACCUGGGAGCGCUUCCGCUGCAACAUCGACUGCGAGAACGAGCCUGACAGCUGCAUCAGCGAACAGCUGAUGCGGGACAUGGCUGACCGCAUGCAGCAGGAUGGCUUCCUGGACGCCGGUUACAAAUACGUGAUAGUGGACGACUGCUGGCUGGCCAGCACGCGGAGCGAGGCCGGCCGCCUUCAGCCGGACCCAAACCGCUUCCCGUCCGGCAUGGUCGCGCUCGGCGACUACAUCCACGACAAGGGCCUGCUGUUCGGUAUCUACGAGGACAUCGGUUCUGAGACCUGCGCCGGCUACCCGGGCCUGCGCGGCCACUUCGAGACGGAUGUGCAGACGUUUGAUGACUGGGGCGCCGACUACCUCAAGAUCGACGGCUGCAACGAGCGGAGCUCCGCCCUGCCGGCCGACCACGAGGCGUUCGGUGCGCAGCUGGCCGCGCUCGGCCGGCCCAUCGUCUACUCGUGCGAAUGGCCGCUGUACGAGCACGGGCCGCACAACUACUCGGCCAUCGCCGCCACCUGCAACCUGUGGCGCAACGCGCACGAUAUCCAGGACCACUGGCAGUCGGUGGUGAGCGUGGCGCGGCUGUACGCGCUGCUGCAGGCCGAGCAGUUCGCGUUCGCGGGCCCCGGCGCAUGGUUCGACCCGGACAUGCUCCUGAUCGGCAACAGCGGCCUGAACGAGGGCGAGAGCCGCGCGCAGAUGGCGCUGUGGUCGGUGUGGGCGGCGCCGCUUAUCAUGUCCAACGACCUGCGGCGGCUGGACGCCGCUUCGGCGGCCAUCCUGCUCAACAGCGAGGUGAUCGCGGUCGAUCAGGACACGCUGGGCGUCUUGGGUCGCCCGGCCACCGUGCGCUUCAGCCCCAACCAGGUGGGCUGCGGCGCCGCCGCCGGUUACGCGCUGCGCGAGCUCUUCAGUCACGGAGACCUCGGCGUGGUAACGCCAGUGCAGGAGAUCGCCGCACAGGUGCCGGCCCGGGACGCGCUCAUGUACAAACUGACCGUGCAGUAG